GAGCUCGCAGGGGCCAGUGGCUGUUUUGUCCGACUAAGGCAAUCAUGUCCGGCAGAGGCAAAGGAGGGAAGGGGCUUGGCAAAGGGGGCGCCAAGCGCCACCGCAAGGUCCUGAGAGACAACAUCCAGGGCAUCACCAAGCCCGCCAUCCGGCGUCUCGCUCGGCGCGGAGGAGUCAAGCGGAUCUCCGGUCUCAUCUACGAGGAGACCCGGGGUGUGCUGAAGGUGUUCCUGGAGAACGUCAUCCGGGACGCCGUCACCUACACGGAGCACGCCAAGCGCAAGACCGUCACCGCGAUGGACGUGGUGUACGCCCUCAAGCGCCAGGGGCGCACCCUCUACGGCUUCGGAGGCUAAGCCGCCAUCGCAGCCCUGGAGUAUAUACGUCCUAUGACAAAAUUGAAACAAAAACAUGGUGUUUAGCAAUGGAGAUGCACAAGGCAAGGAGCAAGACCUUUCCUCCAGGAUCUUGCCAUCAGAAAGAAAGAAGAUAAAUACUUUUAUGCAUAUGAGGUAGUCUUCAAAACGUUUGUGGAUAUGCCGGGUGCGUGUGCAAGAGUGCCCAAGAUCCUGAGAGGAGAAGAGGAAAAGGGAUUGCGGCGUGGCCAUCUCCCCUGGGG